AUGGUUCUACACACGUUAGCACGCUCAAGAAGCGCAUGGGCUCCCUUGGUUGAAUCGCGCAUCGCCGCGAGACAAUUCCAUGCCUCAAUAUCGAGAUCGCUCCAUGAGGUGCCCAACCUGAUCUACAAGGAGGAAUUCGAGACAAAUGGAAUCGCCGGCCUCAUGAGCAAGGAAUCCUACGAUAUUGCAUACAACAAGAACAUGGCCUUCCUCAACUCGACCACCAAGCAACUCGUCCUCUCCUUCGCCCGCAACCCCUCCAUGGCUGCCGUCUUCUCCGCUGCCAGCAUGGCCCACAACACGCACUUCUUCUUCGAUUCGCUGUCGCCCUCGCUCGACUCCAACAACCUCGACAACUACCCCCUCCUCAAAGAAGCUCUCAUCAAGUCAUUCGGCAGCAUCGACACUCUCUGGAGGACAAUGUUGACUACCGCAAACGCAAUGACCGGUCCUGGUUUCGUCUGGCUGGUCCAAGCAAAGCAACGCUCCACCUCGGCCGCUGGAAACACAUCCUCCCUGCCCGAGUACAGAAUUCUCACCACCUACAACGCUGGCACUCCCUACCCCGAAGCCAUCUACCGCCAACAGGGUGUCGACCAGAGCACAGCGGUUGGAUACAACGGCUCAGCUGGUUCAUUCGGCUCCACAUCUGCACGCGGAAGAGACACACCCAAGCUCCCUCCAGGCACCGAGCUCAUCACACCUGCUCUCUGUGUCAGCACCUGGGAACACUGCUACCUGCCCGAGUACGGCGUGGACGGAAAGGCAAAGUACCUGAUCGAAUGGUGGAAGUCGAUCAACUGGGGAGCCGUCGACAACAGAGUCGAGAAGAGACAGAAACUCGGCGACAACAACGGUUUCGACAAGGGUCCCAGUGUAUAA